AUGAAGGCCCCAAAGACACCAGAAUACGAAUUCGGCGGCCCCAUCGGCGCCACUGGUAUCGUUUUUGGUCUUCCAAUUCUGAUGCAACUUCUCUAUCUCGGCUGCAACGACGUGUCAGGAUGUCCCGCGCCAGCUCUUCUUGACCCCAAGACAUUGACAUGGCAGAAGUUCAAGGAGCAAACGCCUUGGCCAAAGGAUGGUAUCUGGGGAUUCAUGAGCUGGGAGGUCACGGGGUGGCUGUUUGCUUAUUACUUUUUGAGUUUAGUGCUUUAUCGCGUUUUGCCGGCGCAGGAGGUUUAUGGGACGAAGUUGAGGGAGUCGGGCAAGGCGCUGAAGUAUCGCUUUAACUCCUUUUCUUCAAGCGUUGUGCAGUUGGCCGCAUGUGCUGUUGGAACUUACAUCUACGGCGCUGAAUUCCCCGUCUGGACCUUCAUGACCACCAACUAUCUCCAACUCCUCACCACAAGCACCGUCCUAACAUUCAUCGUCUCGCUCUACGUCUACGUCGGCAGUUUCUCCGUCAAGAAGGGCAACCCCGAACUGCGCGAGUUAGCUAGAGGAGGUCACACCGGCCGCAUCAUCUACGACUUCUUCAUCGGCCGUGAACUCAACCCUCGCGUGACGCUUCCUAUUUUCGGGGAGAUUGACAUCAAGUCUUGGUUGGAGAUGCGCACUGCUCUUACAGGCUGGAUCUUGUUUAACUGCGCCUUCAUCGCUCAACAAUAUCGCAACUACGGAUAUGUUUCUGAUAGUAUCUUGGUCAUCGCUACGGUGCAAGCUUACUACGUGCUUGAGGGCCAGUACUCAGAGCUUGGACUCUUGGGUAUGAUGGAUAUUACUCAAGAUGGUCUUGGAUUCAUGCUUACUUGGGGUAACAUGGUCUGGGUACCCUUCCUUUACUCAACUCAGUGCCGCUACCUCUCUGUCUAUCCCGUUCAUCUGGGACCUAUUGGUGUUUGCGCCAUCGCCACUGUCUUUGCCAUCGGACUAUACAUCUUCCGAUCCUCCAACAACCAAAAGGCUCUCUUCCGCAAGGAUCCCAAUAACCCUGCUUUCGCAAACAUGACCUUCAUCCAGACUAAGCGCGGAACCAAGCUUUUGACAGGUGGAUGGUGGGGAAUGGCUCGUCAUAUCAACUACUUUGGCGACUGGCUUCAGUCUCUUCCUUUUUCGCUGCCUACCAAAUUCGCUGGGUACGUUAUCCUGCCAGCUGGUAGUGCUGUGGCUGGCAAUGAGGUCGUCAAGAUGCUGGAUGGUCGCUUGGUGACCCCAGAUGGUGCUGCGCCUUGGGGUAUGCUGUUCACGUACUUUUACUCGGCUUGGUUUGGGUUCCUGCUUAUUCAUCGGGAGAGGAGAGAUGAUGCUGCUUGCAUUGAGAAGUAUGGCAAAGAUUGGGAUGAGUAUAAGAGCAAGGCACUGCGAUUCGCUAAUCAGCAGCGAUGUACAGAAGAGGCCACUCACGCAAAUGAGCUGUUCUGCCUCCUGCAUGCAAGACAAGCCCACGGUCUGUACAUCGGUUACAAGAGGCGAAAUGCACAGCUUGAUGCUCUCGACGAAAAUCCUCCAGAUUAUCUGGCAGGGACGCAUAUUCCCCUUGCCAACGAUGACUUCGACUCUGUUGACGACAGCAAGGAGAUGGAGGAGAUCAUUGAUCAUCUCCACGUGAAAUGGAACACCCUCAAUCGAGUGAUUGAAGCUCGUAGAAAGCACCAUGCUCAUUUCUACUCAAUCAGCUAUGACUAUGGUCAUCAGGCAUAUAUCGACAAGCUCGUCAGUCACCGCCACAUUGUCCUUCUAGCACUGGGACGAGCUCGGAAGCGACUCAUGGCCAUUCUGUACAUGAAAGAGCAGUGGUACUCGUGGGUGCGCGAUGCACAAGAUGACGAAGAAUUAAACCGCGAGAAAGAGCAAAAGAAGCUCAAGCAGGAAGCUGCUCUGUUCAAGCGUCACAUGAAGCAGAUGGAGGCUAGAAUGGAAUUAAUGCGCAAGAGGGAGGAUCAGAAACUUCAAGAUGCCUUCCUUGAAGAAGCAUAUCGAGAGCGCAUGGCUAUGAAUGAAGAUGCAGAUGAUGAGGCCUGGGAUCCUACCUUCCCGUUGAAGACGAGGAAGACGAUAACGACGAAACCAUGGAGCAGCUGUUGCAAGGUGAUAAGCGAUAUCAUCAUCUUCACACUGAUGAUUGGUUUAGAGAACGAGCGAUUAAAGAAGUCGAACAGUAUCUGGAACCAUGCUAGUGAGAAUGCAAUGUCUCGCGAUGGAUGGCUCCAAUUCAGUGUCAUGGCCAAGGACUGUGAUUUAAAGCAUGCUAUCCAACUUUGCAGAAACUGGUCCGAGUUCUCUGAUCUCAACCUCCUCACGCUAUGGCAGUACUUCCCCGCGUCCAACUGGACGUCAUGGGGCCAAGAUCGCUUCAUGCAGCAACUCCAGCAACUAGGUUUCUUCCCCUACUUCACAGACUUUGACGCAGACAAGUACACUCAUCACCAUCAAAUCGGCGGACGGAGCCAAGGUCGUCGCCAGCAUGAUAUCGUUGAGACGAGGAACAUUCUCGUUGGAAAUAUGAAGCGGAACGAUCCUGUAACCAGACGCUUUUUGCAGUAUCUUCUUAUGCGGAGGGGAGAGCUUCUCGUCAUGGUGCGAGAUGGCAAGACUGGGAGAGUUAUUACUGCGCCAGAUGAUGAACAGCUCUGGACGUAUCGAAAGAAACAAGGUCUUGGAAGGGCGUCGAAGAAUGAUUGGUUUAACAUUCUAGAGGUAGGGCCUGAUUUUAUGAAGUUGACGGAUAUUCUGCGAGAGUGGAGGUUUGGGUUUGAUGAUUACUAUGAUGUGUUUAUCUGGGACUUUGUACCCGGCGAACCACACAUGGAUCUCUACAACAUUGUCGUCAUGGAACUCCGUAACGCCUGGCGUAUGAGAACACCUCGCGACAUGUACGUCCACAUGGAAUCCCUCCUCCGCAGCCUCCACCGCAAUGAAAAGACCAUGCGCACGCGCCAGAUCAAACCCGGCGAGAACCUCAAAUCCCUCUGGGACACCAUCGCCGACGAAAGGUCAGAAUUCCGCCUCUUCGACGUGAGCAACAAAAAAGUCACCAUACGCAAAGACGCCCAAUCGCCAUACAUGUUCUACAACAAAGCCAACGAAGUCGAAGACGCGAUCCUCUUCCCUGACGAACUAACCUCUGACAGAAAGAGUGUUGCGUUCCGGGAAAUUAGGAAUGGUGUUGCGAGUAUCGAGGAUGGGAUACUGCCUAGUACGGCUAGACAUUUCGUCAAGGGGCUGGAGGCUAUUAAUAAGGGCAAGGAUCCUAUGAAGGCGAUGCGUAUGGCGAAGCAUGAGGAUCAGGAUAAUAUUUGGGGUCUGCCCAAGGUUUGGGAGACGGCGCUUUUGCAGGCGAGGAGUGAUAAGUUGAAGAACGCGCAGAAGGCACUUCUUCAGCGGACUGGGUUGUUGCAUGCGUAUAAGACGCUGUCGUAUGAUCGACGGCUGGAGGAGUCUGAUGCCAUGGAGAUGAUGGAGCGAGAUAGGGCAUUCAGCUUCAAGGAGUCUUUCCACGCCGGUGAUCUCGAACCAGGGUAUAACGCCAAAUACAACCUCCUCCAAGAAACACUCCGCGCUAUGCUCAAAACCCCUCGCGUCGGCUCAACAGACUGGAUCUUCUUCAUAGCCGAGAUUCUUGAAUGGCUUGACCUCCGCGGCGAUUACGAUGACUACGUGCAAGAUCCGCAGUACCCUGGGCCGCAUAGCUUCAUCGUGCAAGACAUUAUCCAAGCAUUCGCCAUGAUAGCUAUGUUCUUCCCCAACUCAGAUGUUGCAAAGCUUCCAACCAUGUUUGUCAACUCCAGCCAGUGUGACGAGUUUAGAAAAUCAGGAGUGUUUGAUCCUAAGGAACGAAGCAAAGUGCGGCCUGAUCGGAGGACGAGAACGAGCUAUAAAUUCAGGGAUAAGGAGUUCUGGAAGGAGUGGAAGGAGUUUUAUAAGACGGAGAGGUAUUUUGCGGAUGUGUACCCCAUGGAAUGGAGUCUCGCAGUCCGUCCUAUCAUCGCCCACUUGUAUCAAGCUGGUGUUAUAGCCCCAGCGUACAUGCAAAGCCAUCCCGAAGUCGUUCUCGGCAUGGCAACAGCCACAAAGAACCCCAUCGCCCCGACAAACUCGACCUCUUCAUCAACUACCAAGACCAAUACGGCAACUUCCCAAUAA